AUGGUCGACGCCCGAGAGGAACCCGAUCGAAAACCCGUUGUGGAAUCAGGGCUAGAGAGGCUUACCGUUGACGCCAUGCUUCAGAAGUAUUGCGGUGAGUUCGGGCCGUGGCAGUUGAGGAAUUUCUUGUUGAGCAAUUUGAGUUGUACCCUCGAGGCCUUCCAUACAAUGGUUAUGAUCUUCGCCGAUCGGGACGUGGAGUGGCAGUGUUCGGAUCGUUCCGGCUGCGACGCGGCGGCAAAAGAUGUAUGUGGGCUAAAACCUGGGUCAUGGGAGUGGGUUGGUGGCCGUGGAAGCUCAACGGUGGUGGAGUGGGGUUUGGUUUGUGGGGACAAGUAUAAAGUUGGUUUGGCUCAGGCCAUUUUCUUCGUUGGUUGCACAUUAGGUGCAGGUAUCUUUGGGCAUCUCUCAGACUCAAGCUUUGGAAGAAAACGAUCAUUGAUUCUAGUUUGCAUCCUAAACACCAUUUUUGGCUGCUUAACAGCUCUCUCCCCUUCUUACUGGAUAUAUGUCCUCCUCCGCCUAUUGACCGGGGUCGGCACCGCCGGAAAUGCACUUUGCGCUUUUGUUCUUUCGACAGAGCCCAUCGGCCCCACAAGACGGGGCAUGGCAGCGAUGUCCUCAUGCUAUUUCUUCUCUGGUGGCAUUGCAUUACUCUCUGGCAUUGCCUACAUAUUCCAAUCAUGGCGCAAACUCUAUAUUGUCUCUUCAAUUCCCUCGCUCUUUUACCUCGUUUUUGUCAUCCCCUUCCUCUCCGAGUCCCCGCGGUGGUUUCUCGUGAGAGGGAAGCCCGACAAGGCCAUGAAAGCUCUAACCGCUAUAGCAAACUCCAACAAAAAGCACAUUCCGAAAGGAGUCAUCCUCUCGCUCGACACAAAAAACGAUCAAACAAUUGAUAACAACAACAACAACAACAGCAUUAUCGACAUAAUACGCUCGCCUACCACUCGAACGCGACUUGUCAUUGGAGUGGGGGUGAAUUUCAUGAAUGCGGUGGUGUAUUACGGGUUGAGCUUAAACGUCGUCAACCUAGAAACAAAUCUCUACAUUAACGUUCUCCUAAAUGCAGUCGUGGAGAUGCCUGCGUUCGCGGUCACGGCGGCGUUGUUGGGGAAGAUGGGAAGGAGAGGGGUGGGGAUUUGGACCUUAUGGUUUAGUGGGGUGUUUUGUUUGAUGGGAAGUUUGAUUAAGUGUAGUAGUAGUGAUGAAGGGAAAUGGAGAGUGUUGAAGAUGGUUUGUGGGCUAUUAGGGUUAUCAGGGAUGGCUGGGAAUUACAAUUUGUUGGGGUUAUAUGUUGCUGAGCUUUUUCCGACAGUUGUGAGGAAUGUGGCUUUGGGAUGUGCUUCACAAGCCACACAAAUGGGGGCAAUUUUGGCACCUUUUGUGGUGGUAUUAGGGGGAAGGUGGCCAUUUUUGGUGUUUGGAGUGUGUGGAAUUGUGGGUGGAAUGCUUAUGUUUCUUCUACCUGAAACUCUUAAUAGGCCUUUCUAUGAUACUUUGGCUGGUUUGGAAGAUGGAGAGAAUAAUACGAAUGUUGCUUCUUCUUCUUCUUCCAUCAAUGUUGUGCCAAUGAGUUUGAAUAAUAUUUGA